AUGGUUCUAACAAACUCUCUACCCCAGAGCUUAAGCGGCAAGGUCGCCCUCAUCACCGGUGGAGCGCGAGGUAUUGGGGCCGGAAUCGCCCUUGAACUGGCCAAAAGAGGUGCCUCGAUUGCCAUCAACUACUGCGGAAGCCAACAGCCCGCAGAGGACCUAGUCAAAGCUAUCCAGGACCUCGACAUCGACGCGGCCGCAUUCCAAGCAGACCUGACCCAGGUAUCUAAUAUAGAAAGUCUCUUCCGCCAGGUCGUCAACCACUUCGGCCAGGUGGAUAUCGUGGUAUCCAACUCCGGCGUGGAGAAAUUCCGCGCCCUGGACGAAACCACUAUCGACGACUUUGAUCAGGUCUUCAGUCUAAACACUCGCGCGCAGUUCUUUGUUGCGAGACAUGCCUUUGACCAUAUCCAACCGGGUGGACGUGUCAUCCUGAUGUCCUCUAUUGCUGCUGGUGUGGGCGUUCCCGGCCAUGCACUGUACGCGGGGAGCAAGUCCGCCGUGGAGGGUUUUACCCGCUGUCUUGCAGCAGAUUUUGGUCGGGUGAAAUGCACUGUAAAUGCCAUUGCCCCGGCGGGGGUGAAGAGUGAUAUGUGGCUUGCGAACUCGUGGCGAUAUGCGCCGGGGUGUGACAAGAACUCUUCCCUCCAGGACAUCGAAGCCGCCCUGGCCGGGGGUAGUCCGUUGAGCAGGUGUGGCGUCCCGGAAGAUAUUGGACGAGUGGUCUCUUUCCUUGCUGGUCCUGACAGCGAAUGGGUCAAUGGUCAAGUGAUAGCAGUCAAUGGAGGUGCAAAUAUAUAG